UGUGUUUGUUUCCUCACGGACGCUUUACGGAGCUGUACCAGCGCUGCAUGUGUUUUGUUGUGACAGGUCCUGGAGGAUAUUUUCUUCCACGGGACAGUUUAUUCUCAGUGAGUACAACCUGUCCACUGGACAGACACGUAACCUCCGCUACAUGAUGUCCAGCGAUGGGAGGGAGUCUCCGGCGGAGGUAGUCCUGGGUUUCCUGGAGGAUGCGGAGCCCUGGCGGCUUCGGUCGCCACAGUUCCCCAGUAAAGUCGGGGGGAAGCCGGCGUGGCUCAGCCGGAGAGGCCUGCCCUCACUGGCCGAGCUGGAGUGUGAGAGAUGCCGCCUGCCCAUGGCCUUUCUGCUGCAGGUGUACGCACCGAUCUCAAGUCAGGACUGGAGUUUCCACAGAUCGCUCCUCCUGUUCUGCUGCAAAACCCCCGAGUGCUACACACCCAACGACAGCAGCUGCAUGAAAGUUUUCAGAAGUCAGCUAUCCAGGAGGAAUGAGUUCUACCCUUACGACCCUCCACCAGAGGACGAACCCCUCAGCGACCCUGAAUCCGAGGAGAGAGUGUUGCCCGUCUCUGGGGUUAAACUGUGUUGGGUGUGUGGUUGCCCUGGCAACAAAGCUUGUUCUAGAUGUCACACUGUGACCUACUGUGGAAAACACCACCAGAUGCUCCACUGGAAACACACACACAAGAAGGAGUGUGGCAGCCAAGAAGUGUCCCUCGUCACAACAUCUCCCUUCCUCUUCCCUGAAUCUGAGCUGGUCACUGAGCCUGAGGAAGAGGGGAAAGGGGAAGACACAAAGGAUGAAGGAGAAGAGGAGGGGAGCAGCACUCAAAGGGAUGUAGACUGUCCCUCUUUAGCAGAGACGCUGGCAGAGACCGACCUGGAGGAGAUGGCCAUGUGUGAGACUGAAGACAUCAAAGUGUUCCAGAGGUUUAAAAAGAAGAUCGCACCAGAACCACACCAGGUGGUUCGCUACAGUCGAGGCGGUUCUCCCCUGUGGGUGUCUUCCCAGCACAUCCCUUCAGAUCAGGAUAUCCCACCAUGCACCUGUGGCGCCAAGAGGACUUUUGAGUUUCAGGUGAUGCCCCAGCUGUUAAACAGUCUACGUGUGGACUCGACAGGAGCCAGUAUCGACUGGGGUACUGUGACCAUCUACACCUGCUCGGCCAGCUGUAACCGUGACGACCAGUACUCCCCCGAGUUCAUCUGGAAACAGGAUUUCAGCUCGGAUCAACACGCACUGAUAACACACUCAUAACAUCUGACAGCUCAUACUGAACAGCGAGGAGACUGGUGUCGUCACACUAGCAGUGAUGUCACUUCCCACGUAGUGAACUGGACGUGUGCUGCAGCUCUUCUUACAUAACUGGUGAUGAUAAACAGAUCAAAUGUUAAAAUGAGUGAAAGGCCACUGACUGAGUGAUCAGACUCCUUCUGUAUCCAGCAGAAUGUUGAACAGCAGAUAUUCACUGUCUGGAUUUCUCCCAGAUUUCUUUUUAUGAGGAACUGUUGUACAUUUUAUUUUUCUGUGUCCAGACAGAGAAAUAAAUUAAUAAAAUGUAUUUCAUUAGAAGUUCAGAUAUUCAAACAGGGCUUCUGGAUCCUGGUUCCAGUUCUAAACAUUUUCUUGAAUGAUCACAAUUUCUGGUUGUAAAGAACAGUGUCAGUGGUGUUUCGGACCUAUGUGAGUAUUAGCUUGUGUUCAUCUUGCUUCAUGCUGUUGAAACAGAUCAGUGAACUGGAGCUGAUGAGGAAAUCCAUCAUGAGCUUGUGCCUUAUCACAGAGAUUUUAACGAUGUCCCUUCAUCUGAUUCUCUGUAUUUUUCAGUGCUUCAGUGACAAACAUUGAAAAUAAACCACCGCUUAAGA